AAAAGAAUAAAACUAUUGUCAUCUGUGUUCUGUAGUUUCAUUACAAAGAAAUGAAAAAAUGUCUACCAGCGUAAUGUUUCCGUGACAGAUUUGAGUUUACAUAUUUUGUGUAGUGUCUAUUUUGAAAAUAUUACCAUAGAAUUAAUCCGUAUCAAAAAUGGAUCUGGACGACAAUAUUACAUUUGAAAACAAGGAUGAUGAAAUAAAAUAUUGGAAGGAAAAAGCUUAUUCCCUCAAUGAAGAGUUGCAGAAUGUAAAACAAGAAGCAGAAGAAUUCGAAACUGAAUCUAAACAGCUAGAGAAGGAAUAUGAUAUUGCUUUGAAUCAAAAUGAGAGAAUGAUAAAGGAAUUAAAUUUAGCGAAUAGCAAAGCUCAAUUAGAAAUAGAGUCAUUAAGAGCAAAACUUGAUUCUAGUUAUAAGGAAAACAAUCGAUUGGAAACACAAGUUGAAGAUUUAACAAAGGUGAAAAUGGAACUCAAUACUUAUAUCAGAUCGUUAGAACAAAAAAAUGAUGACUUGGAGAGGGCUAGAAGGAUUGUCGAAGAAAGUAUACAUGGUAUUGAGUCUGCUUUAAACACAGCUAUCGAAAGAAAUGCUAUACUAGAGUCUGAAAUUGAUGAGAAAGAAAAUCUCAAAGAGAAAUUACAGAGGCUUGUUGAUGAAACAAGAGAUUUAAAACAAGAGCUGUUGGUGAAGGAUCGAGAAAAAUUACCAGACAAUGACAGAAACUUGAAGGGUUUCAAGUCAGCUGUUGAUACAAAUAAGUUAAAGGAGACUGAAACACAAACGACACCUAUUAAACGGGAUCCCAAUCAAAAGUUAAUUUCACCGCUGACCCCUGGAUCUCGAGUAAUGGCCAUAAACUUGGUGGGGGAUCUUAUUAGAAAAAUAGGAAGUUUGGAGCGGAAUUUAGAAAUCACCCGAAGUGAAUACAUAGAAAUGAAUAAGAAGAAGGCAGCAUCUUCAGCGAAAAACAGUCCGACGCCAAGCCUACAACGUUUAUCUAAAUGAAAUAAACCGAUGAUAGGAAAUACUUUAAUUGCUUGUUCCUAAGAGACAACUUGAUGAUGAGAUUUUAUUUUAGUUUGAAAAUUGCCGUAUCAAAAUAAAUUCUAUUAUAAAUAAACAGUGAGUAAACUACAAAUUCUGGUCAUUUUGUAUAUAAUUAUAUAUUGAUCUUUUGCGCUCCGUUAAUAUUGUUUAAUUAAGUUAAUUGGAACGAUUCAAAAUUGUCACUUAACUUGAUUAUGUCAUUGGAUGACAUAAAAGUAAGUUUGUGCAUUGAGAGAAUUACGCCUGCGUGGUUAAACUUUCGGAAAGAACUACAAUAAAAUGGCAUCACGAUGUAUAUGUUUAUUCAGAUAAUUUCUCAUAGUAUAUUUGAAAAAUGGAUGAAGUAUCUUCCUCAAUUUGCAGAUGUAUAUAAAAACAAUUAUCAAAUCCUUGAAUUUUUAUAAAUAUGAAUUUCAAAUAGAUAUAUUUUUUGUACAUAUAUUUUCUGUAUUGCGUAUGUUUUUCACAAACAGAUUCAUCAAUUAUAGUUUAGUAAUUUAUUUAGUUCCAUAGAAAAUAAUUGUUAUUUUUAUGAAUAGUUGGUAUAAAAAGAUAAAACAAAUUUUUUUUAUGGAAAAAUUGUUGCUUUGUACUAAUAAUUUAUUCAGAAAUAAAAUAAAUAACUAUUG